UAUAACGAUACCACUGGAACAUAAGUGAGUCGGACAGACCUGAGUGAAGGUUAUGCGAGCGCGCAUAGAGAAAAACACAGAUCGUAUGCAAAUUAAAUUUGUUUGUACAUUUUAAUGGCAACGAUGGGAAUGUAUUUUCUUUUGCUUGUAGCAGUUUGCGUCGUGAGCUUAACAGAGGCUCAAGAUUGCCUGUCAUUUAUCAACUACGAAUAUCGAAACUCAGACCCAACCCAAUUCACUUGGAAAACGACUCCCUGUACAUCUGCCGCACAGAUAAUUUGUGAGAUUCCAAAAGCAGCGCCUGAAUGUCCACCUCGGUUUAACGUUAACAUUUUGAAUACGUGUUACUAUGUAAACCUGACACGUGUUCCCCAUGUUGACAUUGAUGACUUGUGUGCCACUAGAGGAGGGAGAAGGUUUUAUGUUAAUACAGCUGAGGAAGCAAAUUUGAUGGGAGAGGAGUUGAGGAAAUACCCCGAUACCGCAGCUGGCUUCAAAGAAUUCUCCAUACGUGGGUGGGAAGGCAAAGGUGAAUAUACAAAUGAGCAAGCCGAUGGCACCUGUUUGAUCAUUACCAAUUAUCGCAACAAGAACAGCGAUCCUGGGAUAUUCUAUAACACAACAGAGGAUUGUACAGGGGGCUCUCAACGACUAUGUGAAGCAUCAAAGUUGGACAAUGGUGAAUGCCCGGCUGAAAUUGAUGAUUUCUACAUUGAGAAUACUUGUUAUGAUGUCGAUUUUGCCUUCAACAGCCAUGACAAGAAUAGCGUACUAUGUAAUAUGGCCGGAGGACAUUUAGUGGACAUUAACUCCAGAGAAGAAUUAGCAGCAGUCGGGAAUAAACUGGUUGAACUCGGUAUUCAAGGACAGGGAACCAUAGAAUUUUCUGUUAAAUCUUUCAGCGAGGCUAGUAGUUCCACAAUAAAUGUUGCAGGACCAUUGGAUGCUACAUCAUUUGAGGUGAACUUUGAUGAAAACGGAGAAUGUUUACUCUUCACGAACAUGAGAAAUGCUGCAACCGACCGGACCAAAUUUAUCUGGAUCUACCAAGCCUGUACCAAUAAUGCCAUGACAUUGUGUGAAAUGCAAAAACCCCUCACAGGUUGUCCAUCUGACUUUGAUGAUAUUAUAACUGAGGACAGCUGUUAUAAAUACAACCAGGCCUUUGUUCUACCAGCGUCUAUAAUCCCAUGGUGCAACAUUUACGGUGGAACAAUUGCAAGUAUUGAUAACGCUUCUGAAGCAGCUACACUUGGAGUUGAACUUACUAACUUGCCUGAUAAUGGAUACAAGGAACUCUUUAUAUCCGGAUGGACAGGUAU